CUUCGAUCAUGCAUCGGCAUUCGGCAGCGCUGCUGUAUCGAUUCUUCUUGUUCAUUAUUCAAUUUUUUGUUGUUCCGAUUUUCAUUGGAUGACAUUCAUCCUCGCGUGUCCUGCCUACGUACGUGUUCUGGUAGCCUCACAGUCAGAUAAUGAAGAAAUUUGUGUGUCGUCUUCGGAGCUGAGCGCUGCUGACCUAGACAUCCAGCUCUAAUAAUUAUUAUGAGUGAGCCAGAGUCAGCGGCUGAGGACAUCGCUGCCAACGACGCUGCUGAGGUUGGCAAUGCCGGAGAGACGGCAGCAGAAGGUGAGAUUGCGGCGGCGACAGGCGAUGCCAGCUCCGAGGCAAACGCCGAGCCAGGGACACGAACACCUCAGCCCGAGGAUGCCGCUGGUGUCGAGGCAACGUCCGCUGAGAACCCAGAGUCGGAUCAGGGCCAGGGCGCGGAUGGCGGCGAGAAAGCAGCCGCCAAUGAGUCGCAAACGCAUGGAGCUUCGGCUACGGAUGCGGGCGACGAUGUUGGAGAUGCGCAGGCUGCGCCGGGAGCUACGGAGGAUUACGACGCAGGCCCCAGCGCCAUCGACGUAGUACUAGAUAACGCAACAGAACAGCAGGACUCAGCUGCCUCUCCGCCUGACGGUGAUGCACCGGAGGAUGCCCAGCAGCAUGAAGGUGCUGAAGAAGCAACGACUGGAUCACCACAAGCAGCUCAACAAGCAGCGGAGAGUGUCGACUCAGAUGCUGCCACUGUAGCCGCUGCUGAAGAUCAAGUUGAGCGUACCGAGUCAGAAGAUGGUGCUACAGAGUCUGCCGCUGACGAGAAAAGCCCUGGUGAAGAUGGUGAGAGUGGUGAUGAAGGAGAAGCAAAUGGCAAGGAAGAAGAACCCAUAGCGGACACUGACGCCGCAGUUCCGCCAGCACAGCAGACAGGCGCCACGGAGGAGGUCAAAACCAUCAACAGAGACGAGAUUAGCCAGAAAAUCAUGCAUAUGACGCAAGAAGCAGACAUGGCGGCCACCCUGUGUCUGAAGGAACAGCAGAAGAUUGCAGAAUACCUGCGCACAAAGAAACGCGGCGACGAUGGAAAGCAACUAAAACAUCAACAGCAGCUUUCUCAGACUGAGGAAACGACACGGUUCAUUAAAUACCUUGAGAUGCUGGAAGACAUAAAAUCUGCGCAGCUGCAUCAGAAGCGACUGUAUGAGGCACAGCUGCUUGGUCUUCAGAGCGAAGUUCAUGACUUGCGAACGCAGCUAAGUGAUGAGAUGAGCGCCCUGAAGGAGAAGCGGAGAUACGUUGCCCUGCAUAGCUUCAGCUCCGCCACCGGCAAACCGCUCAAGCUGGACGAUUUGGAGGCCUAUGAAGUUGACGAGUGGAUGAAGGAGGAUGAAGUGCGCAGAAUUCGGUUAGAGACCAUCCGUCAGCGUAUCAAGUUGGCCAAGCGUGAGGCUGUACUCCAACAACAUGAGGUUUUACCGGAUGGAACUUGUCUCAACAUCAUCGACUUUGAGCAGCUGAAGGUGGAGAAUGCAUCACUGUUUGAGACCACGGAGAGCAGAUCGGCAGAUGUGAAGAGACUAGAGGGCAAGAUAUCCUGAAUGUCAACACGAUGAGUCAUAUCCGCGAGAAGGAAUCCAGUGUACAGUUACAAAACAUAGCUCGAAAAGAGAAGUUGACCAAGCUGGACACUGGUCUUUCUGAGCGGCGUGAUCGGCUAAACAAGAUCAAGAAGCGCCGUGAUCAGCUGCGUAUCGAGAACCAGAGACUGAAAGAAGACAAUGGCUUGCUGGGAAACACCACCUUGCUGCAGGACUUUGCUGGCAAGCAAGAUGAUGCUUCCCGGUACGAGACUGACAUUCGAGCGGCCGAGGAACACCACAGGCGAAUGGGCAGCUUCCUGCGACUGGCACGCGAGGAGCACAUCGCGUGGUACGAGGCGGCCAUUCCACACGUGCAGCGCUACGUCUCCAAACGCCGCACCCGCAGCGAGCAGCCGCGAUUGCGCAGAGCGCGCUGGGAAACAGGUGGAGUUUGACGGACGCAAUCGCUACAGUACCGUCCGUAGUGCAUGGAUGAACGUCAUUGUACCGGUUAUGGAGCCCCAGCUUGAAUAAUAUCUAUAUGCCACCACGAAGACGAAUAUUGAUCCUAGUCACCAAAGUUCUGUAUGUGCUCGGAUCUGGAUAAGCUAUUUCCGGCUUUUCCGUUGACUGAACCCUGCAUAGGCACGCCUCGGAGUUAGGAAAUGUCGUCACGACAGAUCAUCCUUUAGUGUGCGUUUGGUGAACUACUCGGAACCCGCAACUAGUGUUGCUGCUGUCUCGAUCCUAUCUGCAAUCUUCUGCAUGACCUUAUGGCCAUGUGAAUUCGCUAAAUACUUGCUCAAGAGUCCAGACUGAUGGCAGUGCUGUGGGAUAGUAGUGUGUGCGUGUGCAUGUGCGUGUGUGUGUGCGUGUAUGCAUGCGUGUGCGUGCAUGCGUGUGCGUGCAUGCAUGCGUGUGUGGGUGUUCAAUUUCUUCUAACUGGCCCAUGCCAUGCUAUCCACAUGUCGCUGUGUGUUGUAUAAUAAUAUGAUUGUAUAUGCAGUACAUUAAUCAUUGAGUCAGUAUGUCAACUUUCUGACAUCAUCCCCAUGUAGUAAUGACAUCAUGGCAAGUAAUCCUCGUUGUAUGCGAAUACAACCGAAGGCACUUUACACAGUAUAUUUAAAAGAGUCCCGUAUUUGCUAUUAUUCCAUCCCAUAUUUGGUGAUGUUGGUGGUGUGUGUCUAUCAUAAUCAUCACCUGUACUUGUUUCUGAUUUGUGAGGGUCUAUUCGAGAAAGUAGUAAUAUAUCGAAUUAUGUUUCCGUGUCAUCUAAAUCUUCCUGCUGUCCAAUUGCUUGCCACUCGUGCACAUUGUGAUUGUGGAUGUAAUUGUUGAGAGUACUCUCCUAUCCUUGUGACUGAUUGCACUGAACUCCAGUCAGUCUAUGGCCCAUUCUAUACAACUUGUCUAUGGACCAUUCUACACCACUUUAGUGUAUGCAUAUGCUGAGAGGCUGCUGGAACGUAAAUUCUUCCUAUUUUUCUUGAUCACCUUGAUAUUCCCUCGAUCAUGCUUGAAACUUCA